CGGUCGGUGCUUUCCAUUCCUGCAAAUUUCAUAGCCUGCUAUUUGCGAGAGAGAGCGUUUUGGACGAACCAUUGCAGCUGUAAUUGAAUUUGAUGCGCAUAGCUAGCGAGAGUGUUCAAGAACUUGGAGAUGGCUGAAUUAGACGGAGCUCAGAAUCAAUCUCCUAACCUUCCUUCUAAUGGCGCCAAGGAUUCCAUUGGCAAGUCCUGUAAGGGCUGCCUCUAUUACUCUUCACUUCAGAAAUCCAAAUCUAAAUCUCCCACCUGCGUUGGAUUCUCCAAAACCCUCGAACAAGUACCAAACUACAUAGUGGGAGAAACCGAGCAGGAAGCUUCAAAAGAGGGAAGAAGUCUAACAGAUUUCAAGUAUGCUUGCGUUGGUUACUCUGUCUACUUAGAAAAGAAAGGUUCAUCAAACGACGAGCAAAACAAACAAGCUGAGCUUCCGUUCUGCGUCGGUUUAGAGGUAUUGUUGGACAAAAGACCUGCGCAGUCCCAAGCUCAUAUACAUAAUAAAACUGAAGAUAGCCCCGCCUUUCCACAGCCACGCAGCUAUAAACCGUCGUAUCCAGCUGGAGACGAGUACCUAAACAGGUUUAAAAGAAACGCAGUCCUUGUCGCAUCAGGUGUAGCAAGAAAUGUGAACCGAGUUUGCAACUACAUAAAAGAGAGCUUCGACGAUAUCUUAUACCCUUACCGGAGACGACCCAAAUGAGGUACGGUCGUCCAUGGAUUACUUGAAUAAACAUGAGUCGUUACAAUAGUAGUUUGUCGAAUCCCGACGUCGCCCCAUCAUGUGAAAUAUUGAUCAAGUUCUUAUCUUUCUUACAACUGUGUAGAGAUGGGCAUGGGUGUAAUAAAUAAUGUGAUGAAUUUAAUCAUUUUUAAGGAUUGUUCAUGCUUGUUCUUAGUUUUUCAA